GUCAUGUCAAACAACGAGGAGAGUCUGGAUGAGGAUACAGUUUUCCUGCCGGUGGAUGAGUCCUCCCCGGAGUUCAUCUAUAGUGAGAGGGAGAGAGAAGCAGUGGAGAAGCUGCUGAGCGCUGGACCAGAGGCUUUCUACUCAGUCGUCAAAGAGCUCCCCGAUUGCUUCUUAUCCUCUGAAGAGGUCAGCCAGUUUAAAAGCUGGGUUCAGAGCUACUCUUUCAACGAUCCGCGGCUACAACAUGAGAAUGGAGCAGAGAGCAUGGCAGAGAUGGAGGACUUCUGUUCCAGUUACUUUCCCUGCCACUCGGACGUGCCAGUCCCGGGCCUGGAGUUGGGCUGGCCUCAUAAAACCCCCUGGUCGGUAACGGCAAGUGUCACAGUCCACACCAGCCCUCCUGCAGAAGGGGAACCUUCAGUCAGAGAGGUGAUCAGACGGCAGUUACAAAGAGCCAGACAGGUAAUUGCCAUCGUGAUAGACAGACUGACAGAUAGUGCAAUAAUUGGAGAUUUACACAGUGUUGCCUCUCGGGGCGUCCCUGUCUACAUCAUCCUGAACCAAAGGUCCAUUCAGGAGAAGUUCUCGUCCAACAGGCUCUGGCAUCCAAACAUACGGGUCCGAGCUCUUGGUGGGAGAAGUUUUGGUUUGAGGGAUGGAAGAAAGCUGGUUGGGGAAAUGAAUGAGAAAUUCAUUCUGGUGGAUUUAGACACAGUGAUCCACGGCAGCUACAGCUUCACCUGGACGGAUACCCACCUGCACCGGCAGCUGAUCACCGUCCUGAGGGGACCAGCUGUUGAUGCAUUUGACCGGGAGUUCAGGAUUUUGUAUGCUAGUUCACUCCCAGUUCUUUCCACUGCAACCCAUGUGAACCAAAACCAUCAGCUUAAAGACAUUUCAGCUGUCAGACUUCUGAAAAGGAUCUCUGUUGAUCCCGAUAUCACCGACCCUCCCUCCCCACGUGCUGUUUCCCCUCUGGACUGGGAUAAGAUGGGAGUUUUUUCAGAAGAAAGCAGCUUGCCAACCAGUCCUCUGUAUCUUCAUGGGGAAGUGGUAAAGCUGGAGAUGUCGCUACAGAACAGCAUGCAGUUAGAUAAAAACACACCUUUAAUGGAUGGAUUUACUAACAAGCAAAACCAUCUUGAGGAUAAAAGAAGAUUCAAAGAAAACUUCUCUCCAGUGGAAAGCGAAGUUGUUAAAAACUCAACUUUCAAGAACAGAGAGCCUUUGACAGCAGAGCCAGCUACUUCAGAGAGAACGAAAAGGAUCACAGACAGCCUUUCUCCAGUGGCAACUGACAUGGAGAAAUCCAUUUUCCAGCGCAGAGAGUCCUUAUCAACCCAGCCGGAUACUUCACACAGAACAAAAAGGGUCAAAGACAAAAUCUCUCCGGUGGCAACUGAUGUCAUAGAAAAAUCAACUUUCAAGAACAGAGAGCCCGUAUCAACUCAGCCAGCUACUUCAGACAGAGUAAAAAAGUUAUCUGAAAGCGUGUCUCCUGUUGCAACUGACAUAGAAAAAUCAGCUGUUUUCAAGAGCAGAGAGUCUUUAUCGACUCAGCCGGAUACUUCAGACAGAAGAAAAAGGGUCAACGACAAUCUGCCUCCAGAGUCAAGUGAUGUCAUAGAAAAAUUACUUUUCAAGAGCAGGGAGUCCUCAUCAGCACAGCCAGCUCCUUUAGAAAGAACAAAAAGCAUGGAGAGAGACACUUCCAGGCACCACCCAUCAGAGAGGAGCACGACUUUAUAUACCAGAAAUACAUCUAGAUAUGAUGACAAAGCAAACGAGGAAACGUACAGGCGUUACUCUUUUCAGGCAAGAAGGUACUCUAUUAAAGAAGAGGAGAGUAAAACAGAUGAUAUUGCAAAAAAAAUGGUGAACAAGCCAUCUUCUAGAAAGCCGAUAAUCUUGAGCAUGCACAGGGAGGAGAGCUUCAGCGCUCUGAGCGACAUCAUGAGGAAAAUUCCACGUACCAGUUCAGGACUGCUUAAGAGAGAAUCAAAGAGUAUACAUACCCAGUCCAUGUGGGAUCUGAGCAAGGAAGACGCAGCUACAAGUCAUGAAAAGAAAGGAAUCUCAGUGCCGAGAUAUACCAGGCCCACUUAUGAGCCAUCUUACAUAACACCUGGUCUUACCCUGAUGGAAAAGAGGAACGACAAAGCGAGGUCCACAUUAAUGCCCACAGAGAGGCCUCGCAGUUACACUUUUCUCGGUGUGGACUCGGGAAGGAAGAAAGGAGGAGCGGGAGAAAACCAUGAGUGAUAUACUGUGAACACGUUCUGUCACAAAGCAAAGAAACCGGCUGGCAGUGGAUAUUUUACGACAUCUGCAGUGUUAACUACUUAAAGUAUAAGCCAAAGCAGGCAGAGACUGUAAUGAAAAGCAUUAGCAACAGGCACAUGGAUAACAGGCAUUAUGGAUACGAUGUUUUACAUGUACGGUGACUUACAUGUAAAAUAGUCAUAUUGUUGCUGCUCACCAGGAAAAA